UCUCUCUCUCUCUCUCUCUCUCUCUGGGGUGGCGCGAAAUAGACUGACAGCCGACAGGGAGGAGUGGAAAAGGUUGGAAGAAGCAACGUUUGUCGUGACUUGGAAUUAAACCCGUUCCAGAGUCAAGAUUAGACAAGAGUACAUAACAACACUGCCAGGUUCAGGAGGUAGGCGGUGACCAGUGUCGUGGCCAUAUCUUGUUAUUUCCGGAGCUGUAGUGUGUGUUACUAGCCAGAAUGGAGGAGGUGGACAAAAUCCUGAUUUUCAUCUUGAAUCAUCUCGGAUGUGACAUUGAUGAGGAAAUGAAAACAGUAGGAAGCUUUGGAAUUGAGAAGGUGGUGGGAGGUGUGGUAAGGUGCCUCCAUGCCAUCUGCAGUGACUGUGACUUACCCACCUCCCUGCCACAAAACAUGGCGCAACGCUUUAGGGCAGCUGCUGCCAUUGCUCAGGCUGUAAAGGAUACUGGAUACCCUGGGGAUAUUGGCUACCAGUCUCUCUUGUAUCCAAGUGAAGCUGACCUUCGUAGGAUAUUUAUGUUCUUGAUAGAAAAACUGCCCAGGGACUCUUCUCCAGUGUCUGAUGAACCGAUCAACAAAGCAACUCUGAUUCACCGUGAGGCCAAAAAAAAAGUGAGUGAGGCCCUCUCCCAGCCCUGGAUACCCCCCCCACUGUCGCCACAUAAUACGCAAGAACUCCUCCCAUGCCUCUCUCACCAAGUAUGGCACUGCACACACACAGGGGUUCACAUCCAAGCCAUUCAGAGGCUAUGAGGACCCAUCACAACUCAGCACAGUUACAGGUGGUAACAAGCUUAACCCUUACUUAGCAAAGAGCUCAGAAAGCAGGCAGGUUUGCUUGAGAUAAUCUUUCUUCUGCUUCUGUGGUGAAACUACUCUAGCCAGUGAAAAAAUACUAAGUAGUAUAGUUGAGCUCUACACAGCCAGUCAUUGCUGCUGUUCAUCUUGCUACGGUAGAUGAAGAAUUACUAUGGAAACCACCUGAGGAGAGUGACCAUGUUAGUGGGUUAUAACUGUCUGCUGGCAACACUGCUCAAUACACACGCUGCUCAGCUGGAGGGAGAGAAAUUCAUCCCAUCUGGUAAUAAUAUUAAGAAUAACAAUGAGAAGGUGAACCUGGAACCUCUAAUGAGUGAGAGAAAUGUACCCGAGGCAGUUCACUAAACACCCCCUGCUGAUCUUGCUGUCUUAUCCAUUCAGGCAACCAGCAUCAAGAGUGGGGCACAGGAAAGUGACACAACAUCCAUGGAGGGGAAAACCACUGAUCAGAAGGCAGCAGCAAGUAGUGAGGAGGAUGCAGCCAGGAGUCGAGAGGAACGCUUGGCCAGCCUGGAAGAAGAGGUGGCCAAUGUCAAGAAUAAGAUCAAUGAGUGCACACAGGGAAUGGAGGAUGCUCAGGACACUUUAGCAAAGCUGACUGAUGAAAUAGCACAGGAGGAGGAGCUGACCAAAGAGAAGAGUAAAGAUGCCAAAACAAUGCAGCGGACAUCUUCCCUUCUGCCUGAGUCAGAUGUCAACAUCCAGAAAUUGAAGGCUGCAUUAAAGAACAGUGAGGAGAAAAUGGGUCGCCUCCAGCAGCAGUGGAAUGCCCACAGGGAGCCUCUAAGUGAACAGCUGGCUUGCCUCACCCUGGAGAUAGAAGACAAGAAGAAAAACAAAGAGAAAAUCUUAGAGAACAUUGGUUCACUGAGGGACAAGAUGAAGGCCAUGGUGCAGGAGGCCUCUAGGAAGGAGUCUGCAGAGGCUCAGCUUAAAGAACAAGUGGAAAAAAUCACUAAAGAUGUCAACAGAUCUGUGCACACCAAGAGAAUUAUAGACAUAAGUGCAAAAGUUCGGAAACAGAAGCAAGAGAUUGACCGAGUGCUUGCAGACACCAGGACCAUACAAAAGGAAAUAAAUAUCCUCUCAGGGAAACUUGAGAGAACCUUCACAGUAGUUGAGGGGACAGCAUACAAGGAAGCUGCAAACAAUGAGCGAGUGCGCCAGGUGUACCGAGCAGUGGCAGCUGUGCAUGAGGGGUGUGGGGAGCUGGUGGACAUUGUGAGGGAGACCGGGGCAACGCAGAGGGAAAUAUCUGACCUCAGGGAACAGGUUGACUUAGAGAAAACCAAGAAUGUUGAAGAGAAGCUGGAGCAGCUGAGGGUGGAUCUGAAUCAAGUGAAGAAAGAAAAUGCUAGUCUAAAGAAACAAAUUGCGUAGGAGGUAAUGAUGGGAGUAUGAGUUGAUCUAAUCAUCACUGACUGUAGCAUCAUAAUAACUUCCAAACUGUAGUUUUCAUUCCAGUUUUUAAUUCCAUAUUUCAUUCACUGCCAUAUUUUAUAUCAUUUACAGGCCAUAGUAGUUACAGUAGUUUGUCAUCCAUCUCUGUAAAUCAUCCAGUAUUUUAACCUUAAGAUUUUCCAUUAAGCUUGUUACAAAAAGAAAUAUUGCACCAACAUUCUUCUUCUGCUAGAUAUUAAAUGGAUAAUGGAUAUUCUUUAGCUAGUUAACUGACUGCCAAUGCUGUCUUGCUAAAUUUCAAGAGGCCCAAAAAAGGGAGAAAGACAUUAAACAUAAUGCAGUUGAUUUUUUUUUUUGUCAGAUGAAAUUAUUUGGUCUGUAAAUUAUAUAGGAACUAUUUAAUUUUGCAUUUCAGUGAUACAUAAAAAGUGCUUUAUGUUAAACUUAGUUGCUUUAGAAAGUGUAGUUGUGAUGACUGGGUGAUUUACAUUUGAUUCAAGUGAUUACUUCUCACACGCUGUAGUAGACACAUUUUUCCAACUCCCAAAAAUCCCUAGUAGAAAAUUAAUCUUCACUUCACUUCAGGAUAGUGACAGGUCAAGUUAGAAGCUGACCUAGGAUGAUUCCCCUAUCUUGAUUAUUAGUAACUGCAAGAAUUUUAACAUGCUUCAAAUGCUCAGUUGCUAUAUUACUGUUGAUAUAUUGUUGAAAGUAUAAUUAGUAUAAGUGUAUAUAUUAUAAUUUGGUGAAUGAGUGCAUUGUGGUGCAGCAUCUGUGAUACAUAGGACCAGUGGUGAAUGUUAAGGGCAGGGCUGGCUAGGAUCUGCCAUCUCAGGUACUUGCAGUGCUGACUCCUUUGGUCCAUGUGGGGACCUAUUGGAACUGAUACAGUGACCAGAUUUGUCUGAUUGUAGUGAUUUGUAGCAAGAUCUGGAACUGGAACACAACAGGCUGAUGAAAUCCUGUAUGGUGGGGAACAUGCCAGACAUGAACUCCAAGUGCUGGUUGACUCCAGAUACUGGUCAUGUUUUGUGUUUGCAUAAAGCUAUUCCAGGAAUACAUAUAUUUUUGUAAUUGUUUGUUAGUAAUAUGCAUACAUAUGUAUAUGUUAUUGUUUUUCAUUAUAUGAGAAAAAUAAGAGGAUAUUCAUCAAUAUUUGCAUUGUGGAUACUCAUUGAAAUGCCAGCUAAUCAAGUGAAAAUGACUAAGAGGUAAUUCAGUAAAAUAAAGUCUGUCUCUAA